AUGACAAGCAGAAAUUCAGUAUUUCAAAAAUUCUUGAGAAAAGUUUUUAUUCGAAGACGUAAAAAGACAAGAAGUCGAUUUAGUCGAAGUAACAAACGCCAAAAUGAGAGAUUAGCACAUAAUAAUGUUACAAACAAUGAUAAUACAUUUCGUAUCAAUAACUUGCUUGUAAACAACGAAGAGAAAAACGAGAAGAAUUAUCUUGCACCAUUAAACUUUAAUACUCCCGACCGAACAAGUAUAGGAUUAUGUCGGGAUUGGCGCAGCGGCAACAAAGUUAUUGACGACCUUAUACAACUGAUCAGAUUACAAUAUCCUCAUCCAGCUCAUAAUUUAAAUUGGAUUCCGUAUGAGGAAUUUGUGGAUUGCGAACAUAUUGCGGACGGUGGUUUCUCUACCAUUUACAAAGCGACAUGGACCACUUCUAACCAAACUGUUGCGUUAAAAUCCUUGAAUAAUUCCCAAGAUAUAAGCAUUAAUUACUUAAAUGAGAUUAAGGCGAACUGGGAUCUAUUUUCUCAAUCUCAAUUUCUACAUUGUCAUGGUAUCACUCAAUCUCCAAGCAAUGGCGAUUUCAUAAUGGUUAUGCAAUAUGCACAAUCAGGUGACUUGCGUUUAUAUCUUCAACAUAAUAGCACUUCUAGUUGGAAAGAUAAGCUUCGAAUCCUUAAACAAAUCGCAUCUGGCCUAGAAGAAUUACACAUAAGAGAUCUUGUUCAUGGGAAUUUACAUAGUGGUAAUAUCAUGAACAUCGAUCAAUCCAAUUUUGUGAUUGGCGAUGUUGGAUUAAGCGGACCAGCAAGCGAACCAGCCUUCAGUGAUGGAAUCUAUGGUGUUCUACCUUAUAUCGCUCCAGAACUUCUUAUGGGAUUGGAUUAUUCUGAUAAAUCAGAUAUUUACAGUUUUUCUAUCAUAAUGUGGGAACUCUGUUCCGGUAUGAAACCAUUCUGUAGCACACCCCACAAUCUCGAAUUAGCUAAAGAAAUUUGCGAAGGAAAAAGAUCACCGAUUCCCGUGGGAACCCCUCCACUCUAUUCUGAUCUUAUGGAAAAAUGCUGGGAUAGUGAUCCUAGUAAACGACCUGAUGUCGCUGAUAUUUUGAAAACUGUUCAUCACUGGUUGGUGAACGAUUCGCUAGAUGUCUUCUCGCGGAAAGAUGGCUUGGAUCCUGCACACAACAACGUGUCCACUGAACGAACGCAUCCGGAUGCAGUAUAUCAUAGUAGAUUAUUGGAUUUCCCUGAAUUACGUGGAACGACACGUAGACGACAAUAUCUUUCUCUGAAUAUCCCUCUUUCCGUAUCCGAAGGUAGUUCGAGUGACACUAUUCAAUUAUCCCAACAACCAACACAACCUUCCCGAGAUAAUCCAAAACACUUGUUAUCGUCUGGAAUUAUAUCUAAUUCAAAAUCUUUCCGAAAUACAUAUAAUCACCCACCAACUCACAAAGAUACUAGAGAAGUAUCCCGAGACGCGCAAGGUUAUGAGCCUGGUCGACCAGAAAUAGUUAACCCCAAAAUUAACCCUCGAGCUAUUAACCCCAGAGUUAAACCAGGCGUGAUUAGUGUUUUCAUACCUGAUGAUGAUAUUGAAACACUACAAAAAUAUUGGGCAAUGGAUUCAACAAUGAACUUUAAUCUGAACAAUCUGAAAAAAAUUGCACAUACAGUAUGA